AUGUCACUAAUAUCUGCGUUGCAAACCACCGAUGUGGAAUCUGUCCAGACGUCCCCUGAGCAAAUUACUGAAAGAAAGGCGGUUAGAGUAUCCACUUUGCAAGAAUCGCUACAUUCUUCUGAAAUGCAUCGCGCUGCUCCAGAAACACCUCGCUCAAUUUCAAAUAGCGUUCACAAACUGAAAACUAUAUAUUCUACUUACCAGCAGAGUGGACAACCAUUGAGUAAAGAGGCGAUAUUCCGUGCGAAACAGAAGUAUGGCAUUUUGAAUACUCCGGCUAAUUACAAAACACUUGGUUUAGGAGACUCCAAGAGUGAGUCAGUUGAUCUUGCGGCCCGUUUAGCUAGUAAGAGAACGAAAGUCUCGCCUGAUGACUGUGUCGAAACAGCAAUCGAGCAAAAGGCCAGAGGUGAGGCUUUCAAAGUAACCUUUUCCAAGAUUCCAUUGACCCCGCCUGAAGACGUCCCAAUAACGGUCAAUUUAGGUCUGAAGGGAAGGCGUGAUUUUUUAACAAGAUUAGCUGCACAAAAAGCAUUGGCUUUCAGUCCUUCUUUAGACAAUUCCAUGAAGGGCACCUCCGACAGUUCCAGUGUUAAAAAAAAGAGGUUUUCUGGUGCCCCUAUUGGUAAUGAGUUUGAUGCAAACUUAGUUAAUCCACAGCACCCUGCAGGUUUCAAAUCCCUCGAUUUAUCUAAGGUAUUGGAUGGAGCGGAAAGAAGGGCGAUUAGCAGAGUUAAUGACAGGUUGUAUCCCCAAAAGGUAAACUUUAAAAAUGGAUUACAAAGCAGCGAUCAAAGUGGUGUAUCAAAAGCUAACAAAGAAGUUUUUAAGAAAGGAACUUUGGAAAAACUUGAACAUUCCGCAGAGCAGUUCUUAGAGUCUCAUGCUGGUAAUGAAAGACAAAGGCUAAGUGAUCAACAAUAUAUGUGUGCAAAGGGUGCAGCUGAUGCAGUUAAAGAUCUUGACCCGAAGACAUUGGAAGACCCAGAUUUUGCUGCAAGAGAGGCACAAAAGAAACUGUACAUAAAGCAGGUAGCAUCUCCGGUAGUGCUAAAUGAAGCUCAAAAGCUUGCGAAUAGGAAAUUGCAGGAUAUUGACUCGCGCGAUACUUACAUGCUUUUAUUUGGUAACCAAGCUUACAAUAAGCUUGCUGUUAACAUAGCUCUACAGCACUAUUCUGUUAAACAAGAAGAAAAAAAGAAAAUAUAUUUGGGUGGUGGUUUGUGGAUGACUCCAGAAGAGGUUAACGCAGUCGCCAAAAAGUUGAUAUCACCAGUGGUGAACGAAAUUGAUGAACGAGCCAGCAGACAACGUGAUGUUGAUAAAGAUAUUGAGAGAAGGUCAAGAGUUCUUGAUCAGGAAUAUGAGGAUGGGAAUUCUAUGGAACGUGCAAAAGAGCAAAACGACGGGCAAUUAUUGUUAGCGAUGGCUUCAAAACAACAACAGGAGAAAGAAGCUAAAAAGGCCGAGGAGGGACAACGGUAUGAUCAGUUCGUACAAAAGAUGAAUAUCAAAUUACAGCAGAAGGAAAAAGAACUUGAAAAUGCUAGGGAAAAUCGUGAAAAUCUAAGAAACGAACUACAGGAAAGGUUGUCCAAGAACCUGUCAGGAGAGAAUGAUGAAUUGAAUGAUUGGAACGAUGCAUGUGAAAGAGAUCUCAAAAAUUCGAGCAUUGAACACUAUUAUGCCGUCAGAUCACACUUUGACAAUUUGGGAAAUUCGGAAAGAGGGUAUGAUGAGCUUUUGGAGGAGCGCAGCAAAAUACAGGUAGAAAUCGAAAGACUUGUCGCUUCCAUUGCUGAACAUAAAACUGCAAUCCAUGGUUUUGGGGAAACAGCAGAUGCUGGUGGAGCUAUACCAGCUGUACAGAAACAGAAAAUUCCAACAAGGAAGGACCUUCUUGAUGCUACCGUGAAUGAUCCUUUGGUUAUUUCUGCAGAAAUGGCAAAAGAAGAAGCAGAAAUGGCUACAGAAGAAUGUAUGUUGAAAGAAUUACAGGUAGAUGAAAUGAUUAUAAUCAGGAACAUUAUGCUGCGGGAGUGUGAAAAGAAGCUCGAAGAGGAGAAGGAAACGGCUAAGAGGUCUAGAAGGGGCACUGAGGAGUCAAAGAAUAAUUCUAAUUUUUCUCGAGAUGUUAUCAUGAGUACACCUGAUAACAAUGAAAAAGUGACUCCUAUAGGGAAGAGUGCAUCUCCAAAAGAUGUUGUUAAAAGCCGUUUCCUUUCUACUUAUAAUACAGGAAAGGAUAUUGAUAGUUCUGCCAGUGCUAGGUCAAUCACUGGUGUUAGCGGCGUGUUGGAUGAUGGGCCUAAAACACCAACCUCCAAUAAGGAGAAUGAAUUAAUUGACGAUGAAGUGAAGUCAUAUAAAGUGCACCAAGCAGUAGAUGGCACCGGUGAAGAUUCCAUCGCAAACAAGAGGGAUAAAUCUUCAAGACCAGCGGCGAACAGUGGAGGCUCCAUAACGAUAGAACAAUUUUUAUUUAAUAAGAAUGCCGAUAAACAAGGACUAUCCAAAACAGAGUCUGUAACUAUGAAGAGGGAGCCUGUGGUGGAUCAAAUGGACUCAAAAAAGGGGCACGAUUUUACCCAUUGUAACGACAACGGCCGCCGGUCUUUUAGUGGCUUUUCUCAAGGUUCGAUAGAAAAUGAUUAUAGUAAUGAAGUUACAGAUGAUCAAGACGAUCAAGAGGGAUCGGAGAUAAGAGUUCGCGAUUCCAACGAUUCCAAUACCUCUCCUAAGGAAAGUUUUUUCAAAGAGGUUAUCUAA